AUGCAAAAGCAGGUGUCAGACGCAUCAAUUUUGAAUGUCGAGGAAUCAAAAGCUUCUGAAAGAACAGUUGUAGUUGCUUGGCUCCCAGUUGGCCUUUUCAGUGAUCAAGUAUUGGCCAUAUUAGUGAAGAGUCACUUCCAAGAUACUAAGAACAAGGGUGGAGAUGUUGAAGAUGUGGUAUAUCCAACAAGAACCAAGGGAGUCGCAUAUGUAAUAUUCAAAGAAAAAAAAGUUGCAGAGAAUGUUAUCGGAGAAAAGAAACACCAUCUAGUAAAGAAGGCUGGAGGUAUUCCACUCACAGUCUCUCAUUUUAGUGAGAAGAUCUUCAGCUCUGUAAAUGCUAUCCUCGAUCUUUCUGUUUUUCUUACUCAAGUUACCCUAGAAAGUCUGGUAAUGGACCUAAAAAAGAAAAUACCAACUUUAAGCUUCAGUCCUUUGGAACUCAAUGGAAGAAUCUCCGUGGGAGGAUCGUUUCUGGCUAUCAAGAGGCUCAAAGAAUCUUUGCUAUUAAAAGCAAGUUCUCUUUUUGAAAAGAACAGGAAUUUUACCAAUGAGGGGAGAAAGUGCAAUAGACAAAGCACCCAAAAAAGUCUACAGAGAAGUAAUAAGUCUUUGGAGUCACUCAGGACCUUAGUACCUGAGACUGCUAGAACUGGAGAGACGCUUGUUCUUGACACAGAUAUUUUCCUUUAUUUGAAACAGAAGUGUGAGUUUUAUGAAAGCACACUGAAAAAAUAUCAUAUUCUAAGUCAGGAGAGAAUGGAUGGUGAAAUCACCACAGUUUGUCUGAAAAAUGCUGAAGUUGGUUCUCAGCUAAACAAUGCAAAACACGUGAAAGAGCUCAUUGAGAAAUGGUCACAUGCUCUUCACUUUGGGCUUAGAAAAGAGACAUUUACUUUGGUAGGAAAGGAAAAUAGAAAGAAAAGAAAUAUUGAACGGGCAUGUGAACAACUACGUCCAAAAUACCUGAGGGUUCUGAUUAACUUUUAUAGGACACGCAUUGACAUUAUAGGAUCUUCUUCUGACACUUACUAUUUUAAAAAAGAGGUCAGGAAAUUAAUAGGACAAAAGGUUAGUUAAUUACAAUCAUAGCAAUAAUAAUGGCUGCUUUCCCUUACUGAGCAGUGGCUAUGCCAUGCAUGAGGCUAACUUUAUACAGUUUAUAUCACUUAAUCCUCAUGACUAUUCUUGUGUUAUAGGGGAAAACACUAGCAUUUGGAGAAGUCAAAACACUUCUUCAAAGUUAUCCUGCUUACGAGGAAUGGGGCUGGACCUUAAACCCCAGUCUAUCUGAUCACAAAGAUAAUACCUAAGGUAUGCAAUUUUAGAAAAAAAUUCACUAAGCUUUGAAGAAAUCCCACUUUCUCUGCAACUCCAAAUUAUCAGAAAAAAAAAAGUAGCUGUAAUUCUAACAUGUGAGAAGUUCAGAUGAUUAUUACUAUGCCAUUGGCAAUUUCUUAACAUUUACAGUUUGUGUUUAUUCCUCAUAGAGUUAGAAUGCUGAUAAAAAUAACUUAGAAAACUGCUUAGAUAGAAAGUAUUUCUGACUCAGGUAAUUAUUACUUUACUGAAUUCCAUUGUUACAAGGCUGCUGAACUUAUGGAACAUUUUUACUACUACUUAUGAAUAUUUAGUGUAAGUGCCUACAUAAAAUAUUGGUUCUCCUGUUAUAAUUAUGGAGGAUUCUGAAAGAAAUUUAUAAGAUUGCUAUUAUUCUUAUCAUCCUUGACCUUAUUUCCUCAAAUGCUGCUACUUUAACAUUACAAUUAUAAAAUAAAGGGGGGAAAAAGAAAAAAGACCAAAGUCUAUGACUCUCUUGAAUUUAACUUCAGAUUAAACCAAUUUUAAGUAUCUGAAGCACUGCAGAAACUCUCCCAGUUUAAAAGAUAAUAAAAUACAUGUAUUUUGUUAAUCCCAAAGUAAACAAACAUGAUUAUGAUUAUUUGAACUAUUUGUGUCAGUAAAAAAGCAUAAUAAAAAUCUAUAUGCUUUCGUUUUUCUUAGCAAUCUAAAUCCCAAAUGUGUAAAUAAUUUUCAUUUC